AUGGACAUACAAACAGACAAUAUUAUAAAAAGAUAUAGAAUCAGUAAAUCAUUCAAAGCAUUGGAAGAUAACAAAUGUCCAUUAUGUGACAGUCAACAGUCUGACAGGACAACACUCAACGAUCACAUUACAUUGUGUUCAAUCUAUUUCAUGCGAUACAAUCAAAUAGAUGUCGAUCAAAUGGUGAAUCAUGUAAACGAUAAAGAAGCAGUUAGACGAGGUAGAUGUCGUCUUGUGAUUGAUUUUAGGAGGGAUGAUGCAUUUGAGAGACAAGUAGAUCAAGUCAGAAGAAUCAUUCAACAAUCUAAAUUGCUUAAAUAUUUAACUAUUUCCUUUCACUUUAAUGAUAAGCUACUUGAAAAAGCAAGACCAUAUGUAAACUUAAUCUAUCAAGAUCUAAAAAAGAAUACAACCAUCAAAGAGUAUUCUUUCUAUCAACCACCAUUUGGAAGUAUGAUCUAUGCAGAGAGACCAAGCACAAGAUUCUACAUCUCUGAAACCAGAAACAUCGACGACGACGAUGGGGAUAGUCAACUUCAUACACCGAUUUGCUUACCAUCAAUGAUUCCACACAUUGAUAAAUAUCAUGUUAGAGGUUCAGCUGAUAUUGUACCAUCAUGUCUAGUAUUGACAGGAUCACCAUAUAUUAAAACUGUGAAACUAGAUACCGCCCAAUCAAUAUGUUAUAAUAUCCAGGUGUUCAAUCAAUUCACACUCGGUCUACCCAAUCUUGAAUGUAUUCGAUUGAAAUGUGAUGAGGCGGAAGAGCAUAUGCCAGUGGUGAUUGAACUAUUAAAUAGAAAUCAAAUCAAACACAUGACCAUUGAGAGUCGUCUCAACCAGCUACAUUGUGAACAACUAUUCAAUGCCAUCAAAACAAACAAAUCACUCAUCUCUUUAAGAAUCCUUGUUUAUCUCACUGGACAUGGUCGAGGGUCAACUCUUUGA